AAAAAUGGAGGGGGAAGAGCAGGAGGGAAAGAGGUGUUUCUGAACAUGGUCAUGCAUACUUGAGUCUAAAAGUGAGAGCUGGUUCUACACCCACAUUAAGGCUGAAAACAUCACUGUAUUGAGGCAUGUGUGACUGUUGGCCAUAUUCAGAUGUAAUACAAAUGGCAGAAUCACAUCAUGCAUUUAAAGUGCAUUCAAUGUGCAUUUAGACCACAUGGCUUCUCUCAAAGAAUCCUGGAAAUUGUAGUUCAUGCCUCAAAACCUACAGUUCCCAGCACCCUUAACAAACAACAGUAGUUCCAGCACUCCUGAUCUACUCUAAUCUUUAUCCAGAGAGAAAACAGAUAACAGUAUGGCUUAGAAUUACCGUACUUCUGACUCAGCGCUCAUUGUUUGUUGCUCCCAAGCAAACCACAAACCAAGAGUGAACAUUCAUUUCAGAUCAUGGUUUCUCAGCCCUGAUUUGGAUAUCAUGCAAAGUCUGCUGCUCCAUGGUCUGCUUCCCCUCUGGAGGAAGGGAGGAGCAAAGUUGGGGAGCCUGAGUUGGGUGCACCGGCACCUUGUACCCAAAUAAGCCUCUUGGUUUACAUUUCUAGACUUUCUUUCAACAUCCCCCAAGAAAUCACAAAAACGCAAGCAUGAUUUUGCAGUCUGCAAAUCGGACUAUGGCAGUACAGCAGUAUUUUCAGUUCAGCACUAAAAAUAUAUAUACGUUGCAUGGAGUGGUGUAAACCAAUGCAGAAUCAAUUAAGAGCACACUUGUGAAAUUGACUAGGGGAGACUGGAACGUAUAAAAGCCCAACCUUGAUACACACAAUUUUAAACUGCUACUCCUAUAACUCAUACCUGCUAUUUGUCAUUACUGGGACUAUUAAUUUCUUUCUAUGCAUUUUUAAAGUAUUUAAAAAUAACUAAGACGUCGCUUGCUUUUUCAAUUUCAAAUCAUUGCCAGGUUUCUUCUUCUCCUCAGACUUAAGGAAAGGCUAGAACUAUACUAGGGCUGUGAGUGAGUGUCCAAUCCUUUUGCAUUCAUCAAAGCCAGCAAAGCCUGUGCCUAGUCAACAGAUAAAACUGGACUUUACGGAAGGGUUUGAUAUUUUACCAAAGAACUAUUCCAAAUGCUUUUCUAGCAAUUAUUUGUGUCUGGCUUGCAUCUGGGGAUGUUCUCAUUGCACUCAGUGGACUUUUUUCUAUGAUUAAAAUUACACAGGAUUAAGUUCAAGUACACUCUUUUCCUGUUUGCAAAUGAUUUGAAGAGUCAUGCGGAGCGGAAAAAGACACCUGACCACAUGCAGUAAAUUAAAGUGGGAGGGGGGGAGCCCAUCCAGGUACUCUGAUUAAUUUGGCUGCAAAUCGGUGUGGCUCUAUGUAGAAAGGCUAGAAGAGGAAAAGGUUUGCAGCAAUCCUAGGGGACGAGGGUGACAGCAAAAACUCCAGGAGCAUCGCUCGUAUUCUCUUCAGACAAGACGACAAGAGGACGACAAGAAAGAAAAGCUGCUCUGAUUUGCACUAAAUGGAAUAUAGGAACUUCCUCCUUGGCUUCCUUCUCUGCUGCACUUUGCUCAUAACCAGCUACUCUUACAUGGUCUUUGAAGAAAAGCAGAAUGCCGUCAACAGUACGGUAAAUAGUAACAAAAUCAAGUUUCCGGAUCUCCCACCUAUCUCAAUAGUAGAUUUAACCAAAACGUCCCUGAAGCUCAGCAGGAAUGAGGCUGAGAAAAGGAAAUCUAUGAAGAAAAAGGCACAGCAAAAAAAGCCUCCCCAACCAAGACCACCACCACCACCCAACUGUGUGCCUACUUGGUCAAGCUGCAAGCCACCAUCUCGUCCCUGCUGCGAUUUUUGUGCCUUCUGUCACUGCCGACUAUUUCAGACAGUCUGCUACUGCCGUAUGGGAAACCCAAACUGCUAAAUCAAAAGCCAGGGAUGCCACGGGGACUCUGUGUCUUAUUAGAUCCAUAAGUGUGUCUUCUAGGCCUCUUUGUCUUAUGUGCAUUGCAAAGGAAGCCAAGAACUUUUGAAGCUGGUUGGCUGGCUGGCUUUUACUCCCUCCCCAACUGCAUGAAUUAUGGGAUAUAUUUCAUGAGGUAAAUGCUGUCAUAAACAAGACAGCCACUGCCCUAGCAAGUAUGACAAGGAAUGGAAAGAAAGGAGAUGCAGCCUGACGGCCUGAAAGGGUAUUUACAAGAGAGGUGAAAAGAAGCAGAUUUCAUGUCAAGAAGGAAUUAUAUCUCUCUUCAGAAGUGGUAUUAUAUUGCACAUUACAAGUUUGAAUGAGAAACAUGGGCCACUGACUAGCUACAAAAGGCACAUUCCAGAAAGUCAGCCAUGUAGCAAUAAAGAAGAUUUUUAAAUAGUAUAGGGCAGAUGGAGACAAGAUACUGCUGAGUCUUUUAUAGUUAGCUCUCUGUCAAGGGUGGAAGAUAAAAGCCUGUUGAAACUGCCAACUCAAGGUCCUAGAAAAGAGUGGCCCUUACCCAAAUUAUUAUGACCACUGCAUCUCCUUUGAAGCAGUGAGCAUGGCCGCACUUAGUUCCACAGACACCUACUGAAUAGUAUGAUAUCAACACAACAUGCCACAAAUCCAGCCCAUCCUAUUUACCACAGUGGCUAACCAUAUGCCUAUGGGAAUCCUACAAGCAAGAUACAAAGGUAAUAGACCUCUCCUGCUGUUGUCCGCAGCAACUGGUUGUCAGAGGUGCACUGCUUCUGUAACAAAAGGUAACAAAAGGCUAUUGCGCCUAGUAGCCAUUAAUGACUUUACCCAUAAAGAAAUCAUAGAAUCAUAGAGUUGGAAGGAACCCUGAGGAUCAUCUAGUCCAGGCAUAUCCAACUCCCAAGAGAAUGUGAUCUACUCCCAGUAUAAAAAACAAACUGGCAGUGAUCUACCCAUUGUCAUUGGGGGGAAGAGGAGCAUGCGUGGGGUGGACUGCCCAGAAUUUUUGAGCUUUUUUUAGGAGGGAAGUCCCAGAAUUGUUGAGCUUUUUUGGAGGAGGAUUGCACAGAGUUUUUUAGUUUUUUCCACAAGCACUUCUCACAUGCACAAAUAUUCUUUUUUUACUUUGCUACUAUGAUGUGGGGACGCAGGUGGCGCUGUGGGUUAAACCACAGAGCCUAGGACUUGCCAGUCAGAAGGUCGGCAGUUCGGAUCCCCGCGACGGGGUGAGCUCCCGUUGCUCAGUCCCAGCUCUUGCCCACCUAGCAGUUCGAAAGUAUGUCAAGGUGCAAGUAGAUAAAUAGGUACCACUCCGGCGGGAAGGUAAACAGCGUUUCUGUGCUCUGCUCUGGUUCGCCAGAAGAGGCUUAGUCAUGCUGGCCACAUGACCCGGAAGCUAUCUGCGGACAAACGCCGGCUCCAGUAAAGUGAGAUGAGCGCCACAACCCCAGAGUCGUCCGCGACUGGACUUAACGGUCAGAGGUACCUUUACCUUUUUAAGGAUCCCAUGAUCUACCAGGAUCAGCUGGGGAUCUACCAGUAGAUCACGAUCUACUGGUUGGACAUCCCUGAUCCUGUCCCCUGCAGUGGAGGAAUAUGCAGCUGUCCCUUACAGAGAUCAGACUUGCAACCUUGGUGUUAUCAGCACCACACUCUAACCAACUGAGCUAUCCUUCAUGAAUCCAACCCUUUUUAAACCAUCAUAAUUGGUGCCCGUCACUACAUCACAAACUACAUUUACUUCCCAUUGUGAAAAAAUGCACUUCUCUUUCAUUCUUUUAAUUUUUUAAAAUUAAAUACAUUCUGUCACUGCAGCAAAUCUCAUCUCAAUAUCUCCACUUUUAGGUAGCCUGUGCUAAAAUAGAUAAGAUUUCUUUACCAAAUUAAUUCAAACUCUGUCCCAAAAAUACCUGGGCUCUGCAGGCUGUGUUGAUUAAGCAGGUUUUCUUGCUAUACAAGUUAAUCAACACAUCUGCUAGCAAUGGGUACUUUCCAAGAACUCUGCAGUGCAGUUUCCUCCUCACAGACCUACAAUACCAAGGUACCUUUCAUAAACUACAGUUUCCAGGAUUCUUCAGAAUAAGUCAUGUGCUUUAAAUGUCUGUUUGAAUGUUCUUUAAAUAUACAGUGUGGAUCUGUCGGGAUGAGGAAUGGGAUAGGGCAGCAAAGCAAUAUGUCAGGCAGAAAUCCAUAGCGAAAUAGAAAAAGAGAGGAAACUUAAAUGGAGAUGAAAACACUGAAUAUCUAAGGCCUGGGGGGAAACUGGAAAUACGGGGGGCGGGGAGAGACACCAGGGU